AUGGUGGAAAACAUCGCCAAAGCAGCGGGCAUGCUCUGCGGCAGCGUGGCUGGUCUCAUGGUGUACCGCGAGAAAGCCAAGAGGAACCAGGUGCGCUCCUUUUGGACGGCCGACCUCCAGCCCUCCUCGCAGUGGGACUUCAACUGGGACCGGAGGCGUCUCAUGGUGGCGAUCUUUGUGCGUUUUUUGCCCAGAAUGGAGCCUCAGAGCGGUACGAGGCCUCCGCUGGAUUCGUCUGAAGAAGAGAGGCGUCGUUUCUUGGAAGACGUACAGACGGCGAAGUCUACCGCAACGCGCUAUCUCUACCUCAUUCGUCACGGAGAUUUCAACCUGUACGAGCCCGAGGACAGCGAACGCAAGCUCACAGCGCUUGGACGCAGACAGGCCAACCUCACUGGCGCACGGCUGCAGCAGCUGGGCAUCCCUUUCUGCCAGAUCACUCACUCGAACAUGACGCGUGCAGUCGAGACGGCCGACAUCAUCCACCAGUACAUGCCCCAUGUACCGGUCUACCAGUGCGAACUCAUCCGGGAAGGAGAACCCAUUCCUCCUGAGCCACCGUAUGGAAUUUGGAAGCCGCAAGCCAAGUUCCUGACCGAUGGAUACCGCAUAGAGGCUGGCUUCCGGAAGUUCUUCCACCGCGCUCUACCGGACCAGAAGCAGGACUCCCACGAGAUCAUCGUCUGCCACGCCAACGUCAUCCGAUACUGCAUUUGCAGGGCUCUGCAGAUUCACCCCGAAGCCUGGUCCCGCAUGAGUCUCGGUAACUGCAGCAUCUCCGUGGUGAAGAUCGCGCCCACUGGACGGGUCACCCUGCGCGCCCUGGGAGACCAAGGCCACCUGCCUGUCCCGUUCAUCUCGACAAGCUAG